ACAGAGAGAAAAUCCCUAAUAGCCGCCAUCGGGGUCUUUUGGACCGAAAAGAACCGACCAGAAGAACUGUAUAAAUCGACGGCCAUGAACUUUUUCAUUAGCAAAUAAAUUAGCAACCUUGAAACGCUCGAUGGCUUCUAUUGUCGACUCUCACAUCCACCUGUUCCCUGCCUCGCAUCUCAGCACGCUUGCGUGGCAUGGGCCGGCCAACCCACUAGGCGCACAGCAUUCAGUGGAUGAAUACCGCAUAGCCAGCAACAGUGCGUCCUCCGAAGCAAACGCGCAGCAUCCGGGCGAUGUCCGCGGCUUCAUAUUUUUAGAAACGGACCGGAUCUCCUCCGUCGACAAGGAUGGCGGCGGCUGGAUCCACGCCCUGGACGAGGUCUCGCUGCUAACACGCAUCGCGCUGGGCGAGCCGCUUCCCGGCGAGGGACACACGGAACGAGACAGCGCGUUGUGUCUGGCGAUAAUCCCCUGGGCACCGGUGCCUGGAGGGCCGCAGGUGUUAGAGCAGUAUCUGGCGCAGGUGAAGGAGCGCACCCGGACACCCGGCGUAUGGGCGAAGAUUCGCGGCGUGCGGUUCCUAGUCCAAGACAAGCCGGCCGGGACAAUGCUUCAAAACGACUUUCAAGAGGGGAUUCGAUGGCUUGGUCGACAGGGUCUGACGUUUGACCUGGGGGUUGACGCGCGAUCGGGGGGGUUGUGGCAGCUGCGAGAGGCCGUACAGAUGAUGGAGGGAGUAGGAGAAACGACUAUUAUCAUCAGUAAGACCUUUAAACAGCCCAUCUCCUUUCUCUUUCUCUUUCUCCUUUCUAAAUUAUAGACCACCUCUGCAAACCCAACCUCCGACUCUCCGACGACAGCACGACACACCCCGACUUCACCGAGUGGAAGACGCUGGUCAAGG